AUGGAGGAGAGACGGUCGGCGGGUUUAGCUGCGGAGGAUCGGAGACUUCGUGAGAGAGAAACUACUGAGCUUGAGAGAGAUGAAAAUGUUGAAGCCACAGAUAUUACCUGUGGACCCGGCCAUGGAAUCAGCAUAGGAAGUUUGGGUGCGAGCGGUUCAAGUGACUAUGUUUCGAAUGUGUUGGUCGAUAGAGCGAUACUAUCAGGAACCACAAAUGGAUUGAGAAUAAAAACAUGGCAGGGCGGCUCUGGAUAUGCCAAAAAUAUUACAUUUCAAAAUGUUGAAAUGCACAGUGUCCAAAACCCUAUAAUCAUAAAUCAAUAUUAUUGUGAUAAAAAAGAACCUUCAUGCUCAGAACAGGCUUCAGCAGUCAAAGUAAGCAAUAUUGUUUACAAAAACAUCACAGGUGUCAGCGCAUCAGAGGAAGCCAUAAACUUCAAGUGCAGCAAGAGUUUUCCAUGUCGUGAAAUUUGGUUGGAAGACGUUAAUCUUGCCUACCAAGAAGACGAAAGUGUCAAGGCUUCUUGUGAGAGCGUUAAAUAUUUGACUAAUCAGGGGAACGUCUCUCCUUCGUGCUAG